AUGUCUUACGAGUCUUAUACAAGCACGGCUGUUACGACUUCAACCGUGGAAGAGACACAAAAAUCAUCCAAUCUCGAGCUAUUUCCAACCAUCCAGAAUAAUCUUCAAUCUGCUAAGGUUGCGGACAAAUUAAAUGGUAUCAAAGCUUUGUUAGCAGUCAUGUCAAAGGGUGAAGAUGUUUCUUCAUUCUUCCCACUUGUUGUUCAAGAAAUUACAUCUGAAGAUGAAGCUCUCCGCCAUCUUUCUUACAUCUAUCUAGUUCACUACGCAGAGAACGAUCCAGAUUCUGCCCUUAUGUCAGUUAACACAUUUCAACUUUCUCUUACAGAUUCCGAUCCUAUUGUUCGUGCCAUGGCUCUCAAAGUCCUUUCUUCAAUUAGAAAUACCGAAAUCAUCGAGAUUGUUCUCGAUUCUGUUUCACGUUGCGCGUUAGAUCUUUCUCCAUAUGUUCGCAAAGCAGCUGCUUUAGCUGUAGUCAAAAUCAACGAAACAUCCCAAGAUUAUCUCAAAGAAUUGAUUCCAAUUGUACAACGUCUCUUGAAUGACCAAUCUCUUGUUACUAUUUCUGGAGCAUUAUAUGCUGCAGAUAAGAUCUGUCCAGAUCGAGAUAUCUUAUUACACCCAAUCUUCCGUACACUUUGCCAAGCAUUGAACCGUCUUGAUCCAUGGGGCCAAACAAUUGCAUUACACAUGUUACAACGUUAUGCACGUCGUAAUUUCCCUAAGCCAUCAGGAUCUACAGAUUGGUUCUCAGAUGAUGAAGAAGGAGCAUCCAUUGAUCCAGAUUUAGAGUUCCUUAUCAAGAAUGUUCAGCCUCUUCUUGCUUCGAUCACUCCUUCCGUUGUUAUUGCCGCUUGUUCUCUUUUCUUCUAUUGCGCACCACCUCUUAAAGUUCCUUUGAUUGCAAAGCCCCUCAUAAGAUUGAUUUAUGUUGAUAGUGCUACAGCAUACGCUGCUUUGCUCUCAAUUGCUUCUUUCGUUGCUGAUAACGCGGAACCUUUCAUUCCUCAUAUUCGUCACUUUUUCUUAUUUGAUGAUGAACCUAUUUUCAUCAUGAAACUCAAGUUGCAGGUCCUUUCACAACUUGCAAGACCAUCCAACAGUGACAUCUUGAUGCGUGAGUUGUCACAGUACAUCUACAACCCUGAUCAAGACAUCGCAACAGAAGCUGUUAAAGCAAUUGGAAGAACAGCAUCUUUAGCAGGAGAUUCAAGUGUUUCCUGCAUCGAUGUCAUUGUCAAGAUGCUCAGUUCACCUGUACAAAGCGUUGUCAACCAGGCAGCUCGUGUUUUAAGCCUUCUUUUGAGAAACUUGCCAAAACAAACACCUAAAACUAAAGAUGACGAUGAUCUUUUCGGAGCAACAAAUCCAAUGGAUAAAGAAGAAGUUGUUUCUAUUCUUAAGAAGCUUCUCAAGGCAUUUAUCAAGAUAACUGACAGUGAAACUAAAGCAUGCGUCAUGUCAAUUGUCGGUGAUAAAUGCGAACUCAUUCCUGAAUACGCACAUGAAGUUUUAAGAAGAGUUACAAAUGAUUUCGCAAGUGCUGAUCCAUGUGUCAAAUUGGCCGCAUUGGAAUUGAGUGCGAAAGUUUUGUACGUCAGACCAAAAGAGAGUGUUGAUUUAGUCAGAUACGUGUUGACAUUAGGUUUCUACGAUCAAAACAUUAAUGUCAGAGAUCGCGCCAGAUUAAUUCACUCGCUUUUGACAGCAAACACUUCUCAGAACUAUAUCUUGGAGAUCAGAAAGUCACCAAAGAAAUUCGUUCUCCCAGAUAAAAGUGAUGUUGUUUGGGGUGUUGAUUCCGUCAAAGCUUCUUAUAUUGAAGCAGGAACAAUAUCACAAAUCAUUGGAAAAGUCAUCAACAAAUCAAGUUUGGUUGUUCCUUGGGUUGAUCCUUCAACUCUUCCUGAAAAGAAUCCUCGCGAUGAACCAAUGGAGUUUAUCGAACAAACUCCUACAGAAGGUACAAUUAUCGCUAAGAACAAGGACAAUGAAGAAGAAGAUUUGAAUGACUAUUUCGGAACAUCAGAAGAUCAAAAGGUCGAAAAUGUUGUUAAAUCUGCAUUUGGAGAAGAAGAAGAUCAAAUCAAGAAAGAAGACAAGCAAGAAGUUGAUUUCUUUGCAGAUUUAAGUAAUGAGAAGAAAGAAGAUGAAAAUCUUGAAGAUUACUUUGGAUAA